CGGGAUAGCUACAAUUGCCGAUUGCUAAUACUGCUGCUGUGACCGCAAGAUGGCUCCUCCGGGUAGCACCUCGAAUGAGCUCUCCGAGUUUGAAAAGCAGCGCCUGGCGAACAUCGCCGAACGCGAUGCGCUUCUGAAGAAGCUCACACUUGACGCGCAGUCAUCCGGUCUCUUCACGCCGCCGGUAACGAAAAAACUCUCUUCCCUCGGUAAUGCCAGUUCCAAGUCCAAGAAGAAGACUCCAGCAAAGAAGGCCAAGGAAGAUGCACCCGCCGUGCCGCGUCGGAUGUCCUCUCGAUUGAGAGGCAUUGCGGCCGAAAGUGAGGUCGCGAAACGCAAAGCAGACGAACAGUACGAAUUGGCGCAGCAGGCAGAACGUGCGAAGAGGGUUCGCAAGUCGGAUUCGUUCACAUUCAAUGAGAUGGUGGUCUCCGGUCAGAAAUUGAGUGGUGAUGCCCUGAUUGGCGUGGACGUCGUUACCAAGGGUGUUGCGAAGCCGUACGAACGGACAUUUGGUGAGGAGGAUAUCAGAAAGACGACUGAUAAAGAUCUGAGAGCUUUGAGGAAGGAAAUGAGUGGUCUGAAGCUAUGGGAUCUAUGGGAGCCUAAUCGGAUUAAGCUCACGCCUGAAAGGGUGUAUAGCAUGACAUUCCAUCCUUCGGAGUCGAAACCACUGAUCUUUGCCGGAGACAAGAUGGGUCACCUAGGUGUCCUAGAUGCUUCACAAGAAAAGCAGAUAUCGAUAGUGAAGAAUGGAGAUGAUAAUGAGGAGGAGGAGGACGACGACGACCCAGACCCGGUGAUGACCACCCUCAAACCGCAUACUCGUACCAUCAGUUCGAUGUACAUUCAUCCGUCAAAACCUACCCUGCUCUACACAGCCAGCUAUGACAGUUCCAUUCGAGAGAUGGACCUGGAGAAAACAACUUCGGUCGAGCGAUACGCUCCGGAGUCAACCUCGACAGACGAACCGAUUUCCGGAGUCGAUAUGCCCUUGGAUGACCCGAAUUGCCUUUACUGGACGACGUUAGAUGGCGCCUUUGGCCGCUACGACCUCCGCGCGCCUCGGAAAGACACAGUCGCGUCAUGGCAGCUUUCCGAGAAAAAGAUUGGCGGGUUUUCGCUGUGCCCUUCACACUCCCAUUAUUUCGCUACAGCCAGUCUAGAUCGGUUUAUGCGACUAUGGGAUCUUCGAAAACUGUCCCACAAUAACCCGGAACCUGUGGGGGAGCACGAGAGCCGGCUAUCCGUUUCGCAUGCUGCUUUCAACAGUGCCGGACAGGUGGCCACCUCGUCCUACGACGACACUCUCAAGAUAUACGACUUUGGUACCAAGGGCAUUGCAUCCUGGAAGCCUAGCCACAAGCUUUCCGCUCCCGAGAUGAAGCCGGAUACAGUAGUGAGACAUAACUGCCAGACAGGACGUUGGGUUACAAUUCUACGCCCUCAAUGGCAACUGAACCCGCAAUCCCCCAUCCAGCGUUUCUGCAUCGGCAAUAUGAACCGCUUCGUCGACAUCUACAGCGGCUCCGGGGACCAAUUGGCCCAACUAGGCGGCGACGGAAUCACUGCCGUCCCUGCUGUGGCGGUUUUCCAUCAGAGCAAGAAUUGGGUUGUUGGUGGGACGGCCAGUGGGAAGAUUUGUUUGUGGAUGUAAGGGAAUGUUCUUCCCUCUCUCUCUCCCUCCCCUUCUGCUGGAGCAGUUUGUGUUUUGUCGUUAACCUAUAUCCACUUUUUUAUUUUUAUUUUUAUUUUAUCUUAUUUGGUCUACCUAUACUAGAAUCGAGACGGUUACCUCGUCUGCUGGGCUUUGUUUGGCCUCUCUACCCUUUGCAGUUGUAUGAAAUUCUUGUAUAAUUACUCGAUCUUCAUACAUGAAAGGAUCUAUAGACUAGGCAGCAAAGUAGCACGAUGGAGUCUUCAUCG